CAGAAACACUGGCGCUCAGUCAUAUGAUGCACGUUUUUACAGUUUCAGCGCAUUUUCAUUGUACCGCAGAACCUGCAGUCCAACAACACACAGAAACACGGCUAAAGACCCCGUAACAUGGCCAGGACCGCACACUCUUCUCGUCUCCGCUGCUGUCUGCUGUUAGCUGUGUUUGUCAGUCAGUUUGUGGAGCGGGUGUGUGGAGUUUGGCCGCUGCCUCAGGAGAUCCAGCAGUCCGGUGACAGCUCCGGGCUGAGCCCGCAGCUCUUCUCCUUCACAUACAGCCAGGACUCCGCUGCACAAACGGGAUGCUCCGUGCUGGACACUGCCUUCAAAAGAUACUUCUCCAUCAUAUUCCCUGACUUCACUAAGGAAGGGCUUCAUGACAUGUGGUUGGAGCCAAAAGCCUUUGUCGUGUCAGUGAGUGUCAAAACCAGAGGAUGUGACGGUUACCCUGACGAAGAUUCAGAUGAAAGCUAUAACCUGAGUGUGUCAGAUGGCCAGGCUGUGCUGAGAUCAGUGACUGUAUGGGGCGCUUUGAGAGGUCUGGAGUCCUUCAGUCAGCUUGUGUACCGUGAUGAUUAUGGCGCUUAUUUUAUUAACAAGACAGAGAUUGUGGACUUCCCACGUUUCGCAUUUCGAGGACUUUUGUUGGACACUUCUAGGCAUUAUUUACCACUCCAUGCUAUCUUGAAGACCUUGGAUGCCAUGGCAUAUAGUAAAUUAAAUGUCUUCCACUGGCACAUAGUGGACGACCCUUCAUUUCCAUACCAGAGCCGCACUUUUCCUGACCUCAGUAAAAAGGGAGCUUUUCAUCCGUUUACUCACAUCUACACACAGUCAGAUGUGAUGAGAGUGAUUGAACACGCCAGGAUGAGGGGCAUUAGAGUCGUACCUGAGUUUGACUCGCCUGGACACACUCAAUCAUGGGGAAAAGGCCAGCCAGAUCUCUUGACCCCCUGUUAUAAGGGCAGUAUGCCUUCUGGAACUUUCGGCCCUGUUGAUCCAACAGUGGACACCACCUAUAGGUUCAUGGAGCGUCUCCUGAAGGAGGUGAAGUUCGUCUUUCCAGACUCGUAUGUUCAUUUAGGAGGGGAUGAGGUCAGCUUUGCAUGCUGGCAGUCAAAUCCUAAUGUAGGAAAGUUCAUGGAAAAGAUGGGAUUCGGGAGGGAUUUUACCAAACUGGAGUCAUUCUAUAUGGAGAGUAUAAUGAACAUAACGGCUGCUCUCAACAAAACCUCCAUUGUUUGGCAGGACGUGUUUGACUACCACGAACGACCCAGAUCUCAGUACGUGGUGGAGGUCUGGAAGCAGGGAUGUUAUCUGUGCGAGAUGCGCCGGGUUACUAAAGCAGGGUUAAAGGUGAUCCUGGCAGCGCCGUUUUACCUGGACCUGCCCAUUCCCACUCAGAACUGGGCGCGAUACUAUGGAGUCCGGCCCUUAGCCUUCAGGGGGACGAAGGAGCAGAAAAAGUUGGUAAUUGGUGGAGAGGUCGCCAUGUGGGGAGAAUAUGUUGACGCCACCAAUCUGCACCCACGACUGUGGCCGAGAGCUUGUGCUGCCGCUGAGAGAUUGUGGAGCAAUGAAGAAAAAACCUUAAAUGCAGAUCUGGCCUUUCCUCGUCUGGAAGAGUUUCGCUGCAAACUUGUGAGGCGAGGGAUUCAAGCAGAGCCUUUGUUUGUCGGCCACUGUAAACAAGAGUUUAAUGGUCUGUAAGUACAGUAAACCAGGUGACCACAAUAAUGAAACUAAACUGACUAAAACUGAUCAGACACUGGAAAGCAGCUUUACACUUUUACAACAUGAUAAUGUUUCUAAGAAAUGUUCUUCAUGAAAUCUGAAAAUGCUUAUUUUGUUAAUAAAGAUCUAUUCAAUAUUGA